UCCAUUCUUCAUUAUUUCUACGGUUGAUGGGGCAACACGUGAGUAACUGACCAAACAGCAGCACUCCGACCCUGGAAGUUCAGGCACAGUAGAUAUAGAUAAUCCUAAUCAGAUCGUAGUUCAGUCAGUUUUGUCCGCUUAUGCUGAGGUUGGUACGAUUCAGCCUGCCAUGGAAAAUUCACUUUCGUUUUUGAUCACUGGAGGAUGUGGAUAUUUUGGUUUUCGCUUGGCAUCUUCCCUGCAUAAAAAAGGAGCCAAAGUCACUCUCUUCGACACAGCCCCGCCAACACAUGAAGUGCCAGAAUCCAUUGUAUUUGUGCAAGGUGAUGUGCGGGACUAUGCCCAGGUUGAAAAGGCCGUCACUGGUGUCGACUGUGUGUUUCACAUCGCCUCCUAUGGCAUGUCAGGCAGGGAGCAGCUUAAUCAACAGCUGAUUGAGGCAGUGAAUGUUCAAGGCACGCAGAACGUCCUAAAAGCUUGUAUCGAGCAUGGAGUUUCCAGGUUGGUGUACACCAGCACCUUCAAUGUGGUGUUCGGAGGCCAGGUGAUCGAAAACGGGGAUGAAAGUCUCCCUUAUCUACCUCUUCACCUGCACCCGGAUCACUACUCUAGAACCAAGUCUCUGGCUGAGAUGGCUGUGUUAAAGGCAAACGGCACAGCGCUGAUCAGUAGCUCUGGGGUGCUUAGAACCUGUGCCCUUCGUCCAGCUGGAAUCUACGGCCCUGGAGAGCAGAGGCACCUGCCCAGGAUAGUUAGCUAUAUAGAGAGGGGGAUUUUUAGAUUUGUUUAUGGAAAGCCCAGCAGUUUGGUGGAGUUUGUCCACGUGGACAACCUGGUGUCAGCACAUGAACUGGCUGCAGAGGCUCUGACCGUAGAGAAACACCACCGCUCUGCUGGCCAGGCCUACUUCAUCUCAGAUGGGAGGCCUGUCAACAACUUUGAAUUCUUCAGACCUCUGGUUGAGGGCUUGGGCUAUCCUUUCCCCAAACUGCGUCUCCCUGUUUCUCUCAUUUAUUUUGUGGCCUUUCUCACAGAAAUGAUCCACCACCUGAUUGGCCCCUUCUAUAACUUCCAGCCACUGUUGACACGUACAGAGGUGUAUAAAACCGGUGUCACACAUUACUUUAGCAUGAACAAAGCUAAAGCAGACCUGGGUUAUGAGCCCCAGGAGCACAACCUGGAUGAAGUCGUCCAGUGGUUCAGAAGCAGAGGCCACGGGAAAAAACCUCACAGCUCUUUCAUCAGUCGAUUGUUUCUAGACUCCCUGUUCAUUGUGGCUUUUGUGGCUGUGGUCCUCUCCUUUCUACCAGUUGUUGGGAGUUGAUGAGCAGCUAAAGAAAACAUUUUUAAUUUUCUGUACUGUGUCAAGACUGGUUUACAUCUAUUAAUAUGGCAAAGUUAAUUUUUCCAAACAUAUUCGAAUGACUGCCUGGAUUUAUAUGGUGAGGACAUUCUGAUUUGAUGGUUUUAAACUCAUCACAUAUGAAUAUAAGCUUCUUUGUAACGUCAUGUUUACCUCCUCUGCCUUAUGGCUUUGCAGAUACUGUAUUGUUUUCUUUGUCUUUGCAAAAAAAAAAAAAAAGUGUUUUUAAUGUUCUGUCUGAGGAAGCAUAUUCCAAGAACACAAAUAUUCUUGAAAAAAAUAAAACAUUACAGGGAAAAUGUGGUUUGUUUGUUUUAUUCAGGCAUCACCAUGGGAUUACUUUUUCUACUGCUUUGUCAUAGUUUGUUACUUGAUUGUUAUUUGACAUCAGUGUAAUUAUACUAAAAGCUUCUCACUGAUAAAUAUAUAGUUUUAUCAUUAACAACAAUACAUUUUAUAUCUAUCUGGGAUUAAUGUAAAUGUCAUAUUAUGCUCUCUGACCAGGCAGCCACUUGCUGAAAACAAUGUGUCUUCUGCAUAAAAGAGUGUGUUAUUUGAUGUCAGUACUGCUGAUGAAGCCAGUUGUAUCUGUAUCCUUUUAUUGUUUGGCUAAAUGGUGAAAUAAACCAAUUUGGAGACUA